GAAAAAAAAGAUUUACCUUUUUUCCCGUUUCAAGCUUAAUCUUUUUGAUUACAAUAUGAAACACUUUUGAGCAAUACUGCGUUAACGGAGAUACUAAAAUGUUAAACGAAGCCCCGCCCCUAAAUAUCCUGCGCACCCAUUGGUUCACCGGACAGUCAGCUGCUGCUGCAAGGACGCACGUGCUUCGUUAAGGACCAAGAUGGCAGCGUCCGUGUGUCGGUGUUACGAGCUACUUGGCAGAAAUGCCUUGGCUCUCUGGUCUCGACCUCUGGUCUCUGCGGUGGGAAGAAGGGGCGUUUUCAGGUCAUGCGGGAGCCCAGCUGCUGCACAGGUCCGAUAUGCUUCAGGCCGUAAAGGUUUCUUGGGAGAGUUCGUUGAUAACCUCCGCCAGGAGUUCAGUAAAAACCAGGAGAUGAAAGACAACAUCAAGAAGUUCAGAGAAGAGGCCAAGCGGCUCGAGGAGUCGGAUGCCCUUCAGCAAGCUCGCAGGAAAUAUAAAUCUAUUGAGGCUGAGACGGUGAAGACAUCUGAGGUGUUUAAGAAAACCUUCGGUUCUGUUGCUGAGACUGUCAAAGAGAGUUUUGAAGAGGUCGGACGCACAGACAUCGGGAAAAAGAUUAAAGCCGGCAUGGAAGAGGCAGCCAAGACCGCCGCACACUCAGCCGAGUCCGUCUCCAAAGGGGGAGAGAAGUUCGGCACAACCAGUGCGUUCAGAGCCAUCUCACAGAGUGUGGAAUCCAUGAAGAGAGAGAUUGACGUGGAGGAUGCCGGCCCUUACAGGGCUCCUGCUCAGCUGAGGAUGAGGAGCGACUUUGGGUUUAAAGACGUCGAUGGUGGGACCAGAGUGUUUGAGGCCAACGAAGAGGCCAUGGGUGUGGUCCUCCACAAAGACUCAAAAUGGUAUCAGCAGUGGAAAGACUUCAAAGACAAUAAUACAGUUUUUAACCGAUUUUUUGAGAUGAAGAUGAAGUACGAUGAAAGUGACAACGCUCUGAUCAGAGCAUCCAGAGCCAUGACUGACAGAGUCACUGACUUUUUAGGUGGUCUUUUCUCCAAGACGGAAAUGUCCGAGGUGCUGACAGAGAUCCUGAAAGCUGACCCCAGCUUUGACAAAGAUUCUUUUCUCAAACAAUGCAAGAAAGACAUCAUUCCUAACAUACUGGAGGCUAUGGUCCGUGGAGAGCUGGAUGUAUUAAAGGACUGGUGCUACGAAGCAACCUACAGCCAGCUGGCCCACCCCAUCCAGCAGGCCAGAGCUCUGGGGCUCCUCUUCCAGUCUAAAGUCCUCGACAUCGAUAAUAUAGAUCUGGCGAUGGGUAAGAUGAUGGACCAGGGUCCGGUGCUGAUCAUCACCUUCCAGGCUCAGGUUGUCAUGGUGAUCCGCAGCCCCAAAGGAGACAUUGUGGAAGGAGAUCCGGAGAAGGUGAUGAGGAUGAUGUACGUUUGGGCCUUGUGUCGUGACCAGGAGGAAUUAAACCCCAGCGCAGCCUGGAGGCUUCUAGACAUGUCCGCCUCCAGCACCGAGCAGAUCCUCUGAGAGAAAGGACGCGCGCAGGUGGAGGAGCUUCAACCACCUGCUGCAUGCAGUACAUGAACUCAAAAGGACAGAGGGAAAGACUGCUUCUGUGGGACUUUUUGCACACAUUCCCAUCUACGUCUAUGUCGAUAUAGAGGAACUUACUUGACUUCAUCGACAGGCAUAUAGUGUUCAGCUUUACGGGCAUUCAUUUUAGAAUAGAUAGAAACAGGAAAGGAAAAGGAGAAGAGACGAUAACUUCAGAUGGUCCUCAAACAGCAAGAUUCAAAAACACUCCUGGAGUGUGUGGAAUGUGGGAAAAUGAAAUGAAACAGACUAGAUUUCAGGCUUUAAUCUAAUAAAACUACUGUCAGUGAAAGCAUCACUGGAGACCAUUUUAUCCAGCAGUUAAAUAAGCUGACAUUAAAGGUGUCCUCUCGUGUGACGACAGAAGCUCCGCCCUAACUGGUACAUUCCAUUUUUCUUUGGACCUCCAGCCAACGGGGGACCAAAACCGGUACGAAGUAGUCUGGCCUAAUGGGUCCAUUUUAUAAUGGAAACGCUCAAAAUAGCAUACCGGUUUAAUCCGGUCUGGACCGCUCAGUCCCAACCAAAUGAAGUCAAUUCAGUCGUCCAUUUAUGUUUUUGUUAUACAGACGCCGCCAUAUUGGAAACAGGAAUCACUAUUAAGCAGUGAUUGGUCUUGAAUGAAUGAAUCUUAAUUAUCUUAAUUAUCAUUUUAAUGGCAACCACUCUCACCAAUCAGGAGUGAGCUUAUUGGAAGUCCACACUCCGAAAGCGGGCUAUAGAAAAUAUGCCCAACGCUCGACAGGCGCUCUACUCCAAACUCCAAGGCGGUUUAUCUUGACCAUGAUUGACUCGUUUAUAACUUGCACUACAGAAAAAAUAUAUAAAAAUGUAAGAUUUGCAGAAACAUAAAAAAAAGGUAGCAGAGCAAGAAUGGUUAUUCUAACAAAUAUAAUGAUUUUAUUUCUCAGUUGAAGUCUAAUGGAGCCAGCAGGUUCUUCCUGUUUAAACACAACAGGAAAAGGGUCACUCAGUCCAGUUCUCAUAUACAGCCAUUAAUUUGGGGCUGUUUUAUUAUGUCAGAGGAUUUCCUGUCUUUUGUUACACUUUUUUUGGCCCCAAUUUGUCUUAUUGAAACACUUUAGUUUACUAUAAUUAGAGAUGGGACUUGAGACUUGAGUUUUGGGACUUGUGUACAAUGUUAAUUUGUUUACUUAUUUUUUUUUUUUUUACCUGCAAUUGGUCACAGAAACAUUCAGAAAUAAUUGGCUCCUCAAGUUGUUUUAAAGUAGUUUAAUGACAAAAUAUUCAUUUUAACUGUAAGUUUUGAGACUUGACACUUGAGGUUACAGCUAAAGACUUCAGACUUGGACUUGUAUAAGAGGACUCAUGAGCAUCUCUGAAUGUAAAUUAUACGUGGAAACUGAAAUAUGUUCUGACUGCACCAGCUUUUUAAGAAAAACAAAAGUUUCUAGGUGAUCCCUGCACAAGUUCCCUCCAUUUCAGCUAGUUUAACAAAUAUGUUUGUCCUCUCAGAGAAGGAACACCAUAAAAGGCAAACUUCCUGUUCUAAAUUCUAAGUGGACCAGAUGUCGGAGAUGGUCAGACGGUCCUCUUCUUCCAGCUGUGUAAGGCGACAUCUUCCUUUCAUAUUUUUGUUUGCUCUGUGCGACAUUGAAACGACGACCCCUCUGAGGGGCCGGCGUUUGUUCCCUCCAGAAUCCUUUCUUCAUGGGGUAUCAUGUCCGUCGGCACAGUAAAGUAAGGCGCACUGUAAUUAUCUGUACAGACUUUCCCAGAGUCAGCAGCUCUGGGUGCAUUGUGUGUGUCUGUGUUCACGUGAUUAAAUUAAACAGUAGAUGUGUG